AUGGGCGCAGCGGCGCGGGGCCCCGGCGCGGCGAGGCGGGGCAGGGCAUGGGCGGCCCGCACGGCCGGGGGCGCGGGCCGGGGGCUGCCGGCUGCGGGCAGAGCCUGCGCCGCCGUCCCGCUCCCGGUGCCGCUGCCGGUGCCCCGCGCCCAUCACGGCUCGCCCCGCAGCAGCGCGCGGGCAGCGCGGGAGCUCCGCAUGGCGGGGCCGGGCGGAGCCGCGGGGAGCGCGGCGGGGCGCGGGCGGCAACAGACAGCUGAGGGGAAGCCACAGCCCGCAGUGUCGGUGCCUUCCCUUCCCCAGCCGACACUCUGCAGGCUCCGCACUCACCAGUGGUGCUUCAUCCUCUUCAACCUCCUGCUUUUCCACCUGCUGCUCUUCGGGGCAGAUCUACUGGAGGAGUAUUUCCUGCGUUCCUUCCCUCUGGCCUACACCGAUGCCAAGACUCUGGAGAUCAGGGAGAGGGCCAGGAAGCUGGACACGGAGCCCCUCAAGGUCAACCUCUCUGGCAGGGUGAGCGGUGCAGUGACGUGCUCUGCCCAGGAGGUGUUUCUGCUCAUCCUGGUCCACAGCAGCCCAGGGAACAGGACGAGGCGCGACAGGAUCAGGCAGACCUGGGGGAACGUGACAGACACCGGGGGUUACACCGUCCUCACCCUGUUUGCUGUGGGAAAGGCAGCUUCAGAAAGCACGCAGCUGGAGGUCAGUGAAGAGGCUCAGCAGCACAGGGACAUCAUUGAAGGCACUUUCAUCGAUUCCCCACAGACACAGACACAGAAGAUGCUGCUGAGCGUGGAGUGGACGGUGACUUUCUGUCCCCGGGCCAGAUUUAUCCUCAAAGCAGACGAGGACGUGUUUGUGGGCGUUGCAAGCCUGGCUGGGUACCUGCUGAGCUUAACCCAGCUAGAGGACAUCUACCUGGGGCGGGUCGUUCACCAGGGAGUGCCUGACAGGGCCCCCCACAGCCCUGCCUUCGUUCCCACCCACGAGUAUCCCGAGCAGUUUUUCCCGGAUUUCUGCCAGGGCAGCGCCUUCGUCAUCUCCCAGGACGUCGCCCGCAAGGUUUACGUGGCUGCCCAGGAGGUGCCACCGGCAGUGCCCCCGGAUGUUUUUGUGGGAAUCUGUGCUAAGAGAGCUGGAAUCACUCCCAUGCACAGCUCCCGCUUUUCCGGGGGAAGGCACAUCAGCUACAACCGCUGCUGCUACAAAUUCAUCUUCACCUCUUCCAACGUGAAGGAGGACGAGCUAUUGAAAGCCUGGCAGGAAACAAGCAGGGGGGAAGAUUGUUCCUUGCUGGAAACCUACUACAGCCUGGUGUCCUGCAGGGUCCUGACCUACAUUGACAAGUUCAAACAGUUCAACUUGGACAGGAUAAAACACGAGGUUCUUCAUCUUGUCAACUAGGGUUUAGAUUUGGCGAAGAAAGGCUGGAUUUUCUUUUAGCAGCUGCUUUAUCCUGUAGGAUUGGAUAGGAAUCCGUAGCAAAGUUAGGUCUCCUCCCUUCAAUAGCAAAUGAAUUCCCAGGGCUGCAGUGUGUGACAGCAGCAGA